AUGAUUGUCAUAUACUUUUUCUCUGUCGUGUGUCUUGCGCUCGGCGCGGUCGCAAGCGCCGCGUCCAAGCCCAACGCAGGCACACCCGUCUACACUGGACCUGCGACGUUCCCCACGCAGGUGUUUCAGUCUAUGUACUACAUGCCGAAGAACAAGGAGCAGGAACCGCGUCCUGUUGUGACCCGACUGAACGGGGGUGUUUUUCCGGACAAGCUGAACAACCCAUGGCAGCUCCCGACGUCGCCGCCCAAGAGCGAGGACCUGAUGCCUCAAGCGGUGCCUGGCAGUGCGAACAUUGACAAACUCAUCGGGGAUCUGUACAGCCUUGCCGCCCAGCUCUUCCGCCCAAAUUCAGGCUCAAAGCCGCUUUGCAAUGUUUGCCGCACCGCUGCCGAAACAUUGCAGAAGCUCGCACACAUCGACCCCGAGAUCCUUCCCGGUAUCAUGGGCGUCCUUUGCGAUUCGUUUGGCAUUUUUGGCCUCCUUGAUAUUAAACAGGAGUGCAAACGUACGCUGGGAAAGGCUGUUUAUGGUGGGCCCAUUACCCAAAUGCUUUCUUACGCAAACGUGACGGGCAAUGCGCCGGACGCGACGCAAAUGUGCGCGCAGAUUCCCAUUCUGAACUUUUGCGAAUGGCCGUCGGAGAAGCUUUCUGACGACUUUUUGAACGAAUGGUUCCGCGGAAAGCGCCAUGCGUCAGCACAAGUCAAGAAGGCAUGGGAGACGAAGCGCGCCAAGGUGCAGUGGGACGCGAACAGCGAGGACUUGCUCCGCGUUUCCCAUGUUUCUGACCUGCACAUUGACGGUCGCUACAUGGUCGGCGCCGAAAGUCGGUGCACGUUUGGCGAGACGGUCGCGUGCUGCCGCUCGAACAGCUUCAACAACACCCUCUUCCAUGGCCAAUUUACACAUGGCCACCUGGACUUUAGCCAGAUCUCUAAACCCUCUAACUACUGGGGCAGUCUUCCGUGCGAUACCCCGUGGUCGCUUAUGGCAAACUCAAUGCAAGCGAUGCACAACCUGGGCGGGAAGAAUGGCUUUGAUCUUGCGCUGUUCACUGGCGAUCUUGUCGCACACGACGAUCUGUAUCGCUACUCGCACGACUGGACCGAGUACUCUGAACAGAGUUUGUAUGAUAUGAUGAAGUAUUACCUGGGCGAUACGCCAUUGUUGACGACGUUGGGCAACCACGACACCUCACCCGAGAACCAAAUGGCGCCCAAAGGCCUUCCCGACGAGGCCUCGAAAGCGUUUAGCUGGGACUUGGACUACGUUGCAGACCUCUGGUCUGCCCACAAGUGGCUCAACAACAAGGCCAAGAAUGAGGUGCGCAAGCACUAUGGUGCCUACUCCAUCUCUCCCCGUUCUGGCCUCCGCGUCAUUUCACUCAACACCGACUUUUGGUACGUGCCGAACGUGUACAACUACGUGAACACAGAAAACCCCGACAUGAGUGGCGUCCUUCGUUUCCUUACCGACGAGCUUUUCGCCGCAGAAGAGGCGGGCGAGCGUGUAUGGAUCAUUGGCCACGUUUUGACCGGCUGGAACGGCAAGGAGGCGCUCGACAAGCCGGGCAAUCUGUUUUAUCAAAUCGUGAGCCGUUUUGCCCCUCACACGAUUGCGCACAUUUUCUUUGGGCACACGCACGAGGACCAGUUCCAAAACUUUUACUACAACGACAAUGGCGAGUCUGGCACGGCGGACCGCCACGCUAAGCACGCUGUUGCGCAGGCAUUUAUUGCGCCGUCCAUUACGCCGUACACGAACCUCAACCCUGCCAUUCGCGUAUACAAAGUCGACCCGACCACCUACGAUGUGCUGGACUAUGACCAGUACUACACACAAAUGGACGACUUUGACGCGCUCGUUGACUCUAAUGCAAACCACGGGCCCGUCUGGCGCCACUUGUACAGCGCACGCGAGGCGUAUGGCAAUUUCUCGGGCUCAGUCACGAGCGGAAAGUAUGACGCUGGCGUCGCGCUCAACGGCACCAAGUGGCCAACAAAUGCGCCGCUCAACGGCUCGUUCUGGGCUGCACUUACGGACGAGAUGGAGCACACACCGAGCCUGGUGACGUUGUUCUCCGACUACCAGAGCCGCCUUUCUCCCACCGCGUCCCGUUGCACGAGCGCAGAAUGCCAAAAGGCCAAUAUCUGUUUUAUGCGAUCUGGUUCGCCUGUACAAGGCCGUCGCUGCGGUGGCAAGUACGACACGGUAAGCCGAUGA